GCGACUUACAGAGACUAGGGUGUGUGAACUAUGCAUCAGCUGCAGAGUCACUUACAAUUACAUCUCACCUGAAAGACGGAGCACAAGGAGGUUAAGUGACUUGCUCAGGGUCACACAAUGAGUCAGUGGCUGAGGGGGGAUUUGAACCGGGGACCUCCUGGUUAUAAGCCCUUUUAUUUAACCACUGGACCACACAGCCGCCUAUAUCUGAAAUGUCGGGUUACUGGAAAUGCAUUGGUGUUGAUUCGAAUGCUAGUCGUCUUAUUUUAAUUAAAACACGCCACUGGUACCACAUGCCGAACUAACUGUGUUCAGCAUUCGUCAAGAAACCGCGCUCCAAAAUAUCGACCAACACGCCUCUGCUGAUACGACAAGCGGAACUAAGUUUUCUGUAGCGUGAGUUGCAUGGGGAGGGACUAGAGGACCUUCCCGGCCUCCUAGGAGUUCCGGUCUGCCCGGGAAGGUUUCGGUGUGACACCGGAAGUGCUCGGUCGAAUGGUAUUCCUGGAGGGAAACUUGCCUUUUUCGUGAAAAUUCACAACAAUAACAAAACCCGAAACUGUGAAACCAGGGCAUGCGAAUUGCAGUGGGAAAAUCCGCUCGUGGCGUGCAAACGCCGCGCACCCGUGAGGCACUAGAGUCCGAGGCUGCAGCGAGGCGAGGACGCGCGUCUGUUGUGCGGAUUUGAAGGCAGGAUUGUGAGUUUGAGUUUCUCGGCUCGAUCGUCGUUGUUUCUGCUGCAGCUAAAGGCAUCUGCUUCGCUGAAUCUGGGCACCGCGUUGGUCUCCGGUGAGAAUGGUGCCCUUUAAGAAAAGGAAAUCCUCUGCUCCAGAACAGUCACAGACCCAGCCUAAAAGCAGCAGGAAAGAGGACUGCCCACGCCCCCCAGCAUCCCUCAGAGCACCAGACUGCCCACGCUCCCCAGCAUCCCUCAGAGCACCAGACUGCUCACGACCCCCAGCAUCCCUCAGUGCACCAGACUGCUCACGCCCCCCAGCAUCCCUCAGUGCACCAGACUGCCCACGCCCCCCAGCAUCCCUCAGUGCACCAGACUGCCCACGCUCCCCAGCAUCCCUCAGAGCACCAGACUGCUCACGACCCCCAGCAUCCCUCAGUGCACCAGACUGCCCACGACCCCCAGCAUCCCUCAGUGCACCAGACUGCUCACGCCCCCCAGCAUCCCUCAGAGCACCAGACUGCCCACGCCCCCCAGCAUCCCUCAGUGCACCAGACUGCCCACGCCCCCCAGCAUCCCUCAGUGCACCAGACUGCCCACGCCCCCCAGCAUCCCUCAGAGCACCAGACUGCCCACGCCCCCCAGCAUCCCUCAGAGCACCAGACUGCCCACAACCCCCAGCAUCCCUCAGAGCACCAGACUGCCCACGACCCCCAGCAUCCCUCAAAGCACCAGACUGCCCACGCCCCCCAGCAUCCCUCAGAGCACCAGACUGCCCACGCCCCCCAGCAUCCCUCAGAGCACCAGACUGCCCACGACCCCCAGCAUCCCUCAGAGCACCAGACUGCUCACAACCCCCAGCAUCCCUCAGAGCACCAGACUGCUCACGACCCCCAGCAUCCCUCAGUGCACCAGACUGCCCACGCCCCCCAGCAUCCCUCAGAGCACCAGACUGCCCACGACCCCCAGCAUCCCUCAGUGCACCAGACUGCUCACGCCCCCCAGCAUCCCUCAGUGCACCAGACUGCUCACGACCCCCAGCAUCCCUCAGUGCACCAGACUGCCCACGACCCCCAGCAUCCCUCAGUGCACCAGACUGCUCACGACCCCCAGCAUCCCUCAGUGCACCAGACUGCCCACGCCCCCCAGCAUCCCUCAGUGCACCAGACUACUCACGCUCCCCAGCAUCCCUCAGAGCACCAGACUGCCCACGCCCCCCAGCAUCCCUCAGAGCACCAGACUGCCCACGCCCCCCAGCAUCCCUCAGUGCACAGGACUCCAAACUGCAGCCCCUGCCUGCACCCCCACCCCGCCCCCCCGAGAAGAAGAUCUCCACGUCAACUGCAGAACCCUGUGCUGAGGGGACAAAGGGGCGGGGCCAGGGGAACACCCCAGAAACAUCCUCGCCACAGAAGCUGUCCCCAAGGGUCAAAGGUCAAAGCCAGACUCGCACCAAAGAAUCAGAGUUGGCAGGUUCUUCAUGUCACAGGGAUCCCCCCGCAGUGUCAGAGGAGUGCCCCCUAGAGGUGGAAGGGGAGGAGGACGGGGAGUUCGGCCUGGUCAUCACUCUGGAUGGAGAGGAGAGCGGAGAGGGGGGUGGCAGGAGGAGGAAGCGGAAGGGUGUGAAGAGGAAGAGGGGGGAGGGAGCGGCGCCGGCAGCCCCCCCAGACUGUGAAAUCGAGGUCGGGGGGCAGCUGGACAGAGACCUGGAGUCACAGGCCAAGCAGCACAACCUGACCACUAUCAACGUGAGGAACAUCAUUCACGAGGUGAUCACGAACGAGCAUGUCGUCGCGAUGAUGAAAGCAGCGAUCAGCGACACGGAGGACAUGCCCAUGUUCGAACCAAAGAUGACCCGGUCCAAACUAAAGGAGGUUGUGGAGAAGGGAGUGGUGAUCCCUACAUGGAAUAUUUCUCCAAUCAAGAAAUCCAAUGAAGUAAAGCCGCCCCAGUUUGUGGACAUCCCUCUGGAGGACGAAGACUCCUCUGAUGAAGAGUACUGUCCAGACGAGGAAGAGGAUGACGAGACAGCCGAGGAGACGUUCCAGGAGAGUGAUGUCGAGAGCACAGCCUCCUCCCCCAGGGGGGGGCGCCGACCCCGCACCCCCUUUGAGUCGGGGGACGAGGAGUGCAGCUACAGCCCCACCCAGCAGGGCGAGUGUCCUGUGGCCCCCCAGCAGAGGCACCUGAGUGUGGAAGUGGUCCCCAUGGGUCCCCCACCCCCUCCCAAACCAGCCAAGACCCAGCCAGGCUCCCCGAAGCCGGCCAGGCAGACCCAGGACUGCAGCUUCAUGGAGAAGCUCCACGCAGUGGAGGAGGAGCUGGCCUUGAGCCCGGUGUGCAUGGACCCCCUGCAGGCGAUGGUCGAUAGUCUGAUCGCGCUUCGGACCCGCUCCAAACGCCCCCUGAAGGACAUACCCCUGGGGCAGCUGGAGGCGGAGCUACAGGCCCCUGACAUCACGCCUGACAUGUACGAGACGGGAACCAAUGAGGAUCGAGAGUGGCAGGGCUGGCUGCGCGGGCUGAUGACAUCAGAGGUGGAGAAUGAAGAGGAAGCUGAUGACGAUGAUGACCCUGAAUACAACUUCCUGGAAGACAUGGACGAGCCAGACCAAGAGGACUUCCGUAAUGACCGGGCCGUACGCAUCACCAAAAAGGAAGUCAAUGAGUUGAUGGAGGAGCUGUUUGAAACGUUCCAGGAGGAGUUGGGGGUCCCCGAGCCGGAUGAUGAGGGACCCGAGGAAGACGAGGAGAAGGAGGAGCCCCCCCAAGGGACCCCGAAAUUCAACGUCCCGCAGGCCAUCAAGUUUGAGGAGCCCCUGUCCAUCAUGCUGAGUGAGCGUCACCGCACUGUCAGGGAGCAGUUGGAGGCACUGCGGCAGCGCAGAGCCAUGGCGGGGGUGCGAGUGGAGGCUGCAUCUCCCCCCCGGCCCCCCCCUCCACCCCCGCACCCUCUUCCCCGCCCUCACACACCCCAGCCCCUCUGCCUGAGCCAGCGCCAGAAACUACACCUGCAGCAGCAGAUGCAACAGCAUGUCCAGUUGCUGACCCAGUGCCACAUGCUGACCAGUGUGGUUCCAGGACUGGAGAGCGAGGCCACCACCACACGCCUCUUCCUGAGUGAGCUGCUCUCCUUUGCGGACCGCGCAGAGAUGGCUUGCUGUAUCCUGAGCCCCGGGUUCACCAGCGCAUUCAGAGCGUGUAACCUGCAGGGGGCGCUGUGCCUGCUGGACGAGUUCGACCGCUCCGUCAGACCAGAGCUGACCCCCCCAGGGGGCUCCCCACACAAGACCAGGGCCGUCAAAACCACCGGGACGGACGCCCCCACGCUGCCCUGCAAGGUGGCCUGGAUGCUGGCGACCCGAAAGGAGUUCCUGUACCCUGAGCUGCUACCUGUCUGCUCCCUGGACCCCCAGUUGAAGAGCCGCAAGCAGAAGACUUUCUAUGCCAAGGGAGAGGACAGUUUGCUGGUCCUCGGGCUGAAGCACUUUGCUGAGACGGAGUAUCCGCGGCAGUUCAUCAGUAAAUACCUGCUCCCGGGAAAGACUCCUGAGCAGAUCCAAAUCCGGCUGCGAAAACUGAGCUUGUCCCGCACUCCCAGCAACGACGUCAAGUAUUACAGGACGUACAAUGAGGUUCCUGUGAUGGCUCGUGCCUGCCGCUACGUCCCCCCCACCCAAGCGAGACCCCCAGUGGAGAGAGAGCUGAGCAGCAUGCCCAUCUGGCUGCAGAGAAGCUUGCCUUACAUCUAUGAGUGUGUGAUGGACUACACCCUGAUGCAGCUGGAGAGGGAGGGUCUCCCUGCCAGCCUGGGCGAGGUGCCCCCCCCGCCCCCCAUAGUGUUCCCCCCCGGGGUCCGCUACCCCCCCGAGCCCCCCAAAGACCUGGUCCUGCCUCUCAAGCUCGUUGUGUCCCGCUACCCUCGCAAAUCCUUCAAAUUCCGCAAACGGCCGACAGUCAUGAGACCCCUGCUCAUCCGCCCUCCCCCCUGCACCCCCCCUGGGCUCGUACCCCUGGCCAAAGCCCCUCCCCAGACCACCCAGGCACAUCUGACCGCGCGCCCCUUAAACCUCAACCCGACUGUGACCCUGACCCGGAUUUCAGGGAAGGAGCUCCUGCAGAAACUUCAGUCCCCUUCAAAAAGCCUCUGCAGCAAAGAUGGGCUGAUCGCACCCACUGGAACGAAGAGAUCUGUGCACGUGCAGCAGGCUAAGACUCUUGCCCCUGCCCCCUCGCCUGCUCCCUUCAGGGAGCUCUGCCCCAUAUCCAAACUCCCUAUGUCCUGCCCCGUCUUCAAGCUGGAGCUCAAGAAAGUGAAUCGCCGCGGACCCCGAAAAGCCAGAACUAAGCAGGUCUACUCCAGUCUCUGCCCCCGAAAAGUGCAGCCCAUCCAGCCAGCUCCGCCCCCCUCAGCCCCUCCACCCCCUCCCUCGCAUCUAGUGUUUGCCAUCCCUGCUGGGGGGCAGGUUCAGCUUUUAAGCCUGGGGGGUCCUCCUAGUAAUAAUAGCAACAUUAUGAACAGUAAUCACAAUAGAGGUAUGGCUGCCAUAGCAGCUAGCUUGACUCAAGGGUUGGGAGGGGUUGGGGGAAGAGGAGGACCCCUCAGUGCGGGCCCCGCAGGGCCCCGCAGUAUGCUCCAGCCAACCACUGUCUUCAUCAACCCCGCCUCCUUCCCCAUGCUGGCCACUCCCUGUUCAGUGACCGCGCCCCCGGUCCCCAGCUCAUUGGGUACAGCCCUGGUCUACCCUGUCCCUUCUUCUGACCUGGCCCACCAGGGCGUUGUUUUAGGAGACAGCAAGCACAAAACAGCCGACCUCCCUCUCUCUGUGGCACCAAAGGACCCCCCAAACUGCCCUCUAUCCCGCUUGCGCCAGCUUAUCACCCUUGUACCCCCUUCUAGGAGAUCCACAGGUUCAUCCCAAAACUUUGAAUAUCACCCAGUAGCAGUAGCUACCGGAAAGGAACACCCAGUCUCCAGUACCCCCCCUCCAAAUACCAGCCCAAUCCCAGAGGACCCCAACAGUGGCCCAAAGGGAUCUGCUCCCCCACAUCCCGACAACUUUAUUCCCGAGUCCAAACCUGACUUCCUCAUCGGGGAGUUCAAGACCAGCCCUGCCAGCUCUCCGGAGGUGGUGGAGCCUGCAGCCCAGACCCCCAGCCCCUGCGCCUGCCUCCUGCGAGAGGUGAAGCAGAGCCCUGGAGGGAGCCCGCCCCUCCCUGUGGAGGAGAUGCACAUCGACAUGAACAUCAGCAGCAACAAACACAUCGUGAAAGACAUUCCUAGCACCCCCAGCCCCACCCCCAGCCCCACCCCCGGCCCCGCACGCAGCCCAGCACACUCCUUGUACCCCGAUUCUCAGUUGAGCCCAGAGUGGUACCCCCUGGUCCCUAGCCACCCUCCCACCGCUGACGAGCCCUAUUUCGUCCCCGAAGAACCCCCUUUUAGUGAGAGCGAUGGGGAGGGAGAAGAGCUGGAUUUUGGGGGUGGCGGGGAGGAGGAGGAGGAGGAGGGAGGAGGCUGGGACUCGGGCAGUGAUUUCGGGGAGCCCAUGCUGGCCCUUUCAGAGUCGACGGGGAGCCCCGCAAGCAGCCUGGACGGCCAAGCGGACGCCCUCGAGAGACUGAUGGAAGUGGGGACCCCCUUGAAAGGAGAGGGAGGGGAAACGAUGGAGGAGGAGGAGGGAGGAGGAGGAGGAGAGAAAGACGCGGCUACCCCUGAAAGAACAGCGCACGUUUCCCUGGACACCCCCCACACUGAAAUAUCCCCCCCACCCCCAAGCCCUGACGAGCAGCAGCAGGGGGAUGGAAUACCCCCAGCGGAGUGGAACAGGGAGGUAGAGAGGCUGUGUUUAGGGGAGCAUGGAGAAGGGAGGACUGAGAGAGAAGCGGGGGUGGGGGGGCACAGUUUGAGCGCCGACGCCCCACCUCCUGACCAACAAGGAGCGCAGAAUUCAGGGGGGGUGCAAGAGGAGCAAGGUGGGGGUACGGUUGAGGGGGAGGGAGAGGGAGAGGCGGAGGAGGGGGGUACCCAAGAUGAAGAGGAGGAAGAGGGAGAGGAGGAGGAUGAUGAAGGGGAGAGGGAGGAGCCUGAGGAGGAAGAGGACUUCGAUGACCUCACCCAGGACGAGGACGAGGAGGAAGUGAUGUCGUCGGCCUCGGAGGAGUCUGUGCUGUCCGUCCCCGAGCUGCAGGAGACGAUGGAGAAGCUCACCUGGCUGGCCUCGGAGCGCAGGGAUGCGAACUCGGAGGAGGAGAACUCCCCCAAUUCCCAGGAGGAGAAUUCCGAGGAGGAAGAGGAGGGGCCUCAGAAGGGGGAAGAGGAGUCCGGUGAGGGAGGGGUCCCCGGGGGGGCAGGAGGGGAGACCCCCAGAAGGAGCGGGACCCCCGAGACCAGCGGCAAGGGAGCAGGGAGGAGGAGAGGUGAGGCUGGGCGGGGGGCUCGCCAGGGCAAGGCUCCCUAUAGGUCACGGCGGAAGAGGAGCCGGGUUCAAGCCAGCAAGGACGCCUCCAAACUGGUGCUGCUCUGCGAUGAAGACAUCCUGGAGAAGGACCCGCUGAGAGAGCACAAGGAUAUCGCCUUCGCACAGACAUACCUCAACAGGGUGCGCGAGGCCCUGCAGGACUCCCCUGGGAAGAUGGAGCAGUUCCUGCGCUUGCUGUUUGAGUUUGAGACGAGCUCGGAGCCGCGCACCGCAGUCGAUCUGUACCUGCAGCUCAGCGAGGUGCUGAGGGACUGGCCAGAGCUGCUCAGAGACUUCGCUGCCUUCCUGCUGCCUGAGCAGGCCCUGCAGUGUGGACUGUUCGAGGAGCAGCAGGCGUUCGAGCGCAGCAGGAAGUUCCUUCGCCAGCUGGAGAUCUGUUUCGAGGAGAACCCCUCUCACUACCAGAAGGUCGUGCGCAUGCUGCAGGGGGGUCCGGAGCUGCCCCAGGCAGACAUCGAAGAGUUAAAGGUUCAGAUGUGGACGCUCCUCAAAGGUCAUCACCACCUGCAGACCGAGUUCUCCUCCUUCUUCGAGCAGCUGCACCCCCCCCCCUCGCGCCCCUCUCACUUUGAGGAGGUUAUCUGGACGGAGGAGCGCGAGCGUGACCUACAGCAGUUCGACGGCUUCGAGGAGGUGACCCUGCCGGACCUGGAGGAGGAGGAGGAGCCCGCCCCCCCCAAGCUCCCCAGCACAGGUGCCCGGAGCCGCAGGAGGAAGGAGCUAGGGGCCCCCGGGGGCCACGACAAGGAGUGGGAGUGCACAGAGGGGGGGAAGGACUGCCCCUGCUCCUGCCACAAGACCAGCCACGAGGGCAAACUGCGCAGGCACAAGAGGAAGAGCUGCCCACGCUGUCAUAGGAGCAAGCAGGGUGGAGACGCCUCCAAGGGGCCGAAGAGCAAGGAGACCCUCGAGCCCAGCGCGGGCAGCCCCCCCAACGAGGGCAAACAAAAGCAGGACGAGGACGAGGAGGAGGAGGAGGAGGAGGAGGUGGGAGAGGCGGAGGAGGCAGAGGAGAAGGGGAGGCAGGCUGGAGGCAGUGAGCCGCACACACCUGUCUCAGAUUCCUGCAGCUCUCAAGACCCCUCUGGGAUGGAGGUGCAGGUUUGGGGGUCCCCAGACUUGGGGGUCACUCUGCCUCGGAAAAAGGAGGAGAGAGGGGAGGAGGAAGAGGAGGAGGAGGAGAGAGUGGAGGAACAGGAGGAGGAGGAGGAGAAGAGAGAGGAGGAACGAAAGGAGGAGGAGAGAGAGGAGAGAAAGGAGGAGGAGGAGGAGAGAGAGGAGGAGGAGGAGGAGAGACAGGAGGAGGGAGACCCAAGCAGAGCUACAGAAUCCACACAACCUUCCCCUAACGCCAUCAACCAAUCAGCAACAACCACAGCGAUGACCUCGCUGGACCCUGCUGCUACCGUCGCCACGGAAACAGAGCGAAGGGCCGCACAGACCGGAGGAGUCUGGGAAGGGGGUGGCAGUUUAGAGGAGGUGAAGAGACAGAGUGGAGGCUCCAGUGUCUGUUCCAGCCCCUCCCUCCUCCUCCCCCACACAGACUCCGCUCCAGCAUCCCCCAAACCCCAGGGCUGCAGUGCCUCUCCGAGCAGGCAGGGGGCGCAGGGGACCCGGGACACCCCAGGGGUACAGCAGGGGACCCCUUCACCCCCCUGCGGGAGUGCCGACUCCACCGUGUGUGCCAAAAACAUCUCUGUGAGCGCUACCGGGGAGAAGGUGAUCCUGUGGACCAGGGAAGCAGACCGGGUGAUCCUGACUACCUGUCAGCGGCAGGGAGCCAAUCAGAGCACCUUCCAGGCUAUCUCCGGGCAGCUCGGCAACAAGACGCCCAAUGAGGUGUCCGCUCGGUUUCGGGAGCUGAUGCUUCUCUUCCACACGGGGGCGCAGCACUACAGCUCGGAGGAAGAGGAGGAGGGCGCCGGCCUCUCAGAACAGCUGACUGACGAGGAACUGGACUGAAGCGCACAGCCAGAUCUGGCCCGACCCAGAGGUGAACGAGCAAUUCUGAAUAGCUGUCAGCCACUGGACUGAAGCACAGAACCAGACCUGACCCAGAGAGGAACCAGUAACUCGGAACAGCUAUCAGACACUGAUGAGGAGCUGGACUGAAGCACAGAACCAGACCUGACCCGACCCAGAGCGGAACCAGCAACUCUGAGCAGCUGUCAGUUACUGGACUGAUACACAAUGGUACUGCCUAUAGCUCUGUGUACUGACCCACAGUAUAGCUGACAGCUACCGAUUUAAAGAACUUGGCUGAACCGCAGAGCUGGUAGCAUACUGUACAAAUAAACUGGACCGGAACCAGAGCCGAUUGCUCCGCUACUGACAAGGAAUUUAAUAAACUAACAGUGCCGACCCAAAAGGACAAGCAGAACCCGAGUGCCCGGGUCACACUGCCUGGACUUUGCCUGUUGAUGCUACACAACCUUCAUGCCCACGUUAAUUUGCAGGAGUGUGUUGUAUUGAUGGUUUUGACAGACUGGGAUUACAGUUUUUCUUACUGUGCUUUUGAAGUUACAGGGAAAUGAGAAGAGAAAUGGUCAACCAAAUACUCAACAGCAUUAAUUAGGGAAGAGACCUUUUUUUUUUUUGUUUAAAUGCUUAUUUAGAUCCAUGAUUCUUUUUGGUGUGAAAAAAUAGAUUGCUUUUGGAAGACUGAGGAAUGCAAGUUUGUAAAUAGUAGAGAGGAAACGAAAUGUACAGUUUUAAAGUGUUCCAUGUUCCCACGUGUCACUGUUUUCUGUUCUCCUUUGUCAUUUUUAUAAAUAAAAAAAAAACAUUA